AUGGAGGUGACUCGUUACCAGUUCUCUAGGUCAGCCAGCAAUUCUGAGGAAAGGGUCCUCGCUCACUAUAGCGAAGUGUCGUUAUUUCUGGAAGGGCGGCCAGAUUUUCCAGAAGAACUCCGAGGUGCCAAGAAGGGGAUGCUGUAUCUCACUCAGUACAAAAUAAUAUUUCAGCAUAAAGAUAAGGGAUCGACCAUCAUCCGUUUUCCACUGCAGCUGUUGGGAGAUUGCGCUCUAGAGGAGGAGCCGGAUGCCAAGCCCCAACAUAUCAAAGGAACGCUGAUUUCCAUCCAGGGGGUUCUUGCAUUCAGAUUCACUUUCCAAUAUGGAGCUUCUGAUUGCCUAAACAUGAUCAAAGAUCUGGCAGAUGCAGAGGUUUUGAAAGAGGCUACAAAUCUCCAAGAAUACCCUACUGCUUCCAUCUAUACCUACUCCCACCCUGCUGCACCACAGACAACUCGUUCUCUCAACAUGUUACCACUGUGGCCUCCCCCUUACCCUGGCCCACCAGAGCUCCCCCCUCCCUAUUCUGAAGUGGAAGCAGACUCUCCAGGAAGGAGCAGGAGGCCAGAGAUCCAAGAAACCUGUUGCCAUUGCAGAGGACGAAUGAUCCAGAAUCCAGUGAACAGGCUGGACUAA